ACCAUUUUGUUGAGGUUAUUACUCAACGGGAGCGGACCACUUUGAAAUAUUUAAAAAAUACAGCUGAUGCAUGCAGCUCAUCGACAGGAUUCCGUUUACACAACAGACAAACGUCGCUAACAUACAACCAACUUAGACAUACUACAUAAAAAGAAAUCGUUACGUACGUGAUGUGAUUCGUGGUUUUUAGCUGCAUCAGGAUCGACGUGAUGGGAUGGGAUUUUCCCGAUUGACAUCUUUUUCAGAUACACCGACCAGUUGUUUGACAUCACUGAAUCGAGUUUCACCAGUCGUCGUCAAGUAUUCGAAAUCACUGGUCUCAGCCUUUAGUUUUUAGGGCUAAAGGAAAGUAAACGCAAACCAGUGUAGAACGGUAAAAAAAAGGAUGGUGAUUGUGGUGUUGUCGCUUUUCCAUGCAAUUAUUGCGACUGCUUCAAGUUUGUCAGUUACCAAAGAGCUGUUGAUAUAUGACGGACAUCCAUUUGGCAGCCGAGCUGUGCUCGUGAGUAGUGAUCAUAAUGAGUCAUGUCAAUUUUUCGGUCAAAGUGAUCAGAUUGAGUUUAUUGAAAACCUUCCGGAUCGUCCGCCAAUUCGGGUGGUAAAUCAACAAGAAUGGUCCAACGUUUUUGCUGAAUGUCAGGAACAAUUGCUGUCCCAAAAUCAAACACCGACUCCGUCUAACAUACAUUUUAUCUACCCAGGCUGCGACAGGCACCAAAUGGUGUGGACCAGGAAAUAUUGCAAAUAGUUAUGAUGAUCUGGGCAGUCGGGUCGCCACGGACAUGUGUUGCCGAGAUCAUGAUAACUGUACGACGAGGUAACGACAGUUUAAACCCCGGAAGUUGUAAAAAUGGUUUGUGCAACAACUCCGUUUUCACAAAGUAUGU